AUGCAUCUUCCAACCCUCACCCUCCUCACCACCUCCCUCGCGGCCCUCGGCUCCGCUACCAGAUUCCACAACCAGUUCGGCAAGCCCGGCUGGCUCCAGGAUAACCAGGGCACCCAGGUCUACAUCAAGAACAACGGCGUCGCGGACGUCGGUGGCGGCUGGGGGUUCUUCUGGGUCGACGGCAACGUGUGCCAUCAGAACUCGGUUGCGUUUGGGUGGCCGGCGGAUUAUGGUGAUGUCUACCUGAAGAGCGAUGGCUUCCUGUACAACGGUGGUGGUGGCCAAAUCUCCAACUCAAAGCUUUGCUAA